UGCCCCCUCGCCACCCCCACCCCACCCCCUCAAUCGGAAAUAAACCCCUCCCCUCACUUCUCUCACUCUACUUUCUCUCUCGCUCUAAACAAGACACAACCAUCGUUUCUCCUAAUUAACUAACUUUUUUCUUAUCCCAUUUUUGGGCGCGCUUAUCUAUCUAUGGAGACGCCGGAGUUUAUCGAGGCGGCCACUUACUUCGAACCGGAAAAGCGACUUUCCGAUGGUGACAAUUUCAUCGACGUGGACGACCUCCUCGACUUCCCCGCCGACGACGCCGCCGGCGGAGGAACGGCCGCCGCCGGAAUUGAAGCCGCCAUGACCGGGCUGUCCACUGACUCCUCCACCUCCUCGGCGGCGCUCGACAAUUUUCACGCCGCCGACAAUGGCGGUGGCCCCCGCGGAGUCGCCGGCGACGCCCAAUUCUCUAACGACCUUGCCGUUCCGUACGAUGAUUUAGCUGAGCUGGAAUGGUUGUCGAAUUUCGUCGAAGAAUCGUUUUCAAGCGAAGAUUUGCAGAAGCUGCAGCUGAUACAAGGAAUGAAGGCGGCUCGAACCCACGAAAUUUCGGGUUCGGGUUCGGGCUCUCACCAUUUGUAUCAAUUCCAGCCCGAGCCCGCCCGGCAGGGCCCACCGAUGUUCAAUUCGGAGCUGCCGGUGCCGGCGAAGGCCCGGAGCAAGCGGUCACGCGCCGCUCCGGGAAACUGGACUUCCCGGCUUCUGGCGGUGUCGCCGAACCCUUCUUCCACCGGCGCUGCCGCCAUUUCGUCGUCGUCCGGGGACUCCGACGCUGCGGCGGCGGGGAAGUGCAAGACGGUGAAGGCGGCGGUACAGAAGACGAAGAAGGAGGCGGCGGCGCCGGAGAAUUCGGGUUCCGGCGAGGGGCGAAAGUGCCUCCACUGCGCCACCGACAAGACGCCGCAGUGGAGGACGGGUCCGAUGGGGCCGAAGACGCUUUGCAAUGCUUGCGGAGUUCGGUACAAGUCAGGGCGACUGGUGCCGGAGUAUCGGCCGGCAGCGAGCCCGACGUUUGUGCUGACGAAGCACUCGAACUCCCACCGGAAAGUUCUGGAGCUGCGGCGGCAGAAGGAGAUGCUCCGGGCACAGCAACAGCAGCAGCAGUUCCUCCACCACCACCACCACCACCACCAGAAUAUGAUGUUCGACAUGGCCGCCAACGGCGGCGGCGACGACUAUUUGAUCCACCAGCACAUCGGACCUGAUUUCCGGCAGCUGAUUUGAUCGGCGGCGGCCGUCAGUGAGGUUUAAUUUAAUUUUAAAUUAUAAUUUUCUAGAUUGAGUAUUGAAUUCUAACUAGAGGCCUCCGAUUCGAAUUUUGUAGUUUUUUUUUUUUUUUUAAUAUAAAAAAAAAAAGUGUUCAAGUGACUAAUUGAUUAAUUAAUGUACUUUUGCCAAAAUGUGGCAAAAUUCUUGAACCAAAAUUUCUUGUU